AUGGAGUAUUAUGUGAGACAUGAAGGACCUGUCAUGGUUAAAAUAGUCUGGAUAGAUGAAAUGAAUGAUUUAGGAGAUGAGGACGUGAUAUAUGGUGGACCUAUUUAUGCAUCUGCUUUUAACAUAUUUGAGGAGCAUGGUGUCCUUAUAGUAGGUUUUGGGCCUGACUAUUGGGUUGUUCGAAAUUCACAUGGAAUUGAGUGGGGAAACCAUGGCUAUGCUAAGUUAACUCGUAGAAUGGUUCAUGGAAGGUCCACCCUACCGGUUAAGGAUUCUGCAUUCACUGAUUACAUCAUAUUUUGGUUCAAGAACGAAACAAUGGCGUCGUCUCUGGGAAUCAACUUUUGA